GUCAUAAAAGGGCCAAGUUUGAAGACCCCUGCUUUAUUGUAUGCUGCCCAGAGUCAUCGCUGUGAGAUGGGUAGCUAUAUCAAUUUGAUAAAAUUAAUAAAAAAUGACAGUGGGGCACCCUUGUAGAAGAAAUGGAGCAGGUAAGGUAGACCAGGAAGCAACAGGCUCACUCUCAGUCUUGGAAAUUCACUUGUGGCUAGUGCCUGCCCCUCCCCCCCAGCCUAGCCUAUUUCGCAGGGUUGUAAUGGGGAUAAAAGGAAAAGAAACCUCCAUGGAAGAAGGAGUCUUGAAUUCCUGAAGGAAAUGCAGAAACCUCUCCCAACAGAACUCCAAAUUCUCUCCCCUUCCCCACCUAUGAUCUGUCAUCAGGACUAUUGAUGGGGUAGAAUCCAAAAUACACAGCCGGUGCCAUCUAGACUUUAAGAUCAACAGCUGGGCCUAGUGCUUCAUCCCUUGUGCCAGCCUUCUUCAGCCUGGGCUGAGCUGAGGAUAAUUCCCUUGGCGGGGGAUGAUUGUUGUUGUAGUUCCUCCCCUUCUGGGGGGGGAGUCCCUCCCUCUCCAGUCUGCUUGUGUUUUGAUUUCUUUUCCAUAGGUGAGCAGAGAGCCUUUCUCCUUGCUUCCCCAUUCUCUUUUACACUUUAAUUUGUUUUUCAUUAGUUCCUAUGGCAACCACGAAUGUAUCCGUGGCGGGUUUUGAAAUUAAGAGAAAAUGAGCGCAGAUUACCAAAAAAGGGGGUGGGUGGGGGGUAUUUGAGAUCAAAGAGGCUGAGGAGAAAUAGCCCUGCCUGAAGAAUUGGCAGUUAAGCCAGUCAGGGUGUUUUCUUCCAGACGGGAGACUCCUUAUAUCCUUGCCAUUAUAACUAGCUCAAGAUUUUGUUCAAGAAGAUUUGCAUAUCCCCUCCAAAAUGCAGAAAAAGAAUGGCUGGAAACAGGAGGCACUGAACAGCACAGAUGCAACGACUCCAGAGAGACCCUUAUCUCCACCCUUCACGGCCCCACCAAGUAUGAAGUCUGCAGAAUUCUUUGAAAUGCUUGAAAAAAUGCAGGGUCCAAAAUCAGAAGAACAGAAGGGGGGAGGCCAGAAAAACAAGGAGGACUAUAUCCCCUAUUCCAGCAUUGAUGAGAUUUUAGAAAAAGGGAGUCCCUACCCUUUAAUCAUCUUGCCUCAAUUUGGGGGAUACUGGAUUGAAGACCCCGAGAACCUCAGCACCCCCACUUCCUCCGAAAGCAGCAUCUGUGAUGAAGAGGAGGAACUGCUCAGCCCCAGCACUUACGGCUACAAACUGGAGUACAAAGGUGAAGCCAAGGCAUAUCGGAAACAUUUCUUAGGAAAGGAUCAUUUAAAUUUUUACUGCACAGCCAGCAGCCUGGGGAAUAUGAUCCUUUCCAUUAAAUGCGAAGAGGCAGAUGGAAUUGAAUAUCUACGGAUUAUUCUCAGGUCCAAAGUAAAAACAUUACAUGAAAGAAUCCCUUUAGCUGGACUCAGCAAGCUGCCCAACAUUCCUCAGAUUGCAAAGGCCUUCUGUGAUGACGCCACUGGAUUAAAGUUUCACCCCGUGCUCUAUCCCAAGGCAUCACAAUUGAUAGUAUCCUACGAUGAACAUGAACUUAACAACACAUUCAAGUUUGGGGUGAUUUACCAGAAGUUUAAGCAAACACAGGAAGAAGAAUUGUUUGGGAACAAUGAAGAGAGUCCUGCCUUCCAAAACUUCUUGAACUUGUUGGGAGAAACCAUUACACUACAGGAUUUCAAGGGCUUUCGAGGGGGCCUAGAUGUCACUCACGCCCAGACAGGCACAGAAUCGGUAUACACGGUGUUCAGGGACAGAGAAAUUAUGUUCCACGUCUCCACCAAGCUUCCCUUCACAGAGGGUGAUACCCAGCAGCUUCAACGGAAAAGACACAUUGGCAAUGACAUUGUGGCUAUUAUAUUCCAAGACGAAAAUACUCCCUUUGUUCCGGAUAUGAUUGCUUCAAAUUUUCUGCACGCCUAUAUUGUUGUCCAGGCAGAAAAUCCAGAAAUGGAUAAUACGUCCUAUAAAGUAGCUGUCACAGCACGAGAAGAUGUCCCGUCUUUUGGUCCUUCACUGCCGAGCCCACCUGUAUUCCAAAAAAAUGCAGAAUUCCGAGAGUUUCUUCUCACCAAGCUGAUCAAUGCAGAAAAUUCUUGCUGUAAGUCGGACAAGUUUGCCAAACUUGAGGAUCGAACACGGGCUGCCUUAUUGGACAACUUGCACGAUGAACUCCACGUCCACACGCAGCUGAUGUUGGGCCUAGGAUCUGAGGAAGACAAGCUGGAGAACGGUGGACACGGUGGAUUCUUGGAAUCGUUUAAGAGAGCGAUCCGAGUCCGCAGCCACUCCAUGGAAACCAUGGUAGGAAGCCAGAAGAAGCACCAGCCUGGAGGAAUCCCUGGGAGUUUGAGUGGAGGGAUUGUGCACAACAGUGUUGAAAUAACCAAGACCACCUUCUCUCCUCCAUUAGCAGCAGCAACAGCCAAGAAUCAAUCAAGGAGUCCUAUAAAGAGACGAUCGGGCUUAUUUCCCCGUUUGCACACUGGAUCCGAAAGCCAAGCAGAACCCCGGAGCCGAUGUGACAGUGGCUCAGGAACACCCAAGACCCCCGAUGGAGGGCAUUCCUCCCUUGAUAUGAAGUCAGAGGCUUCCUCGAACCCAAGCUCUCCAGAAAUCUGUCCCAACAAAGAGAGGCCUUUCAUUAAACUCAAAGAGAAUGGAAAGUCAAAUAUUUCCCGUUCGUCCUCAAGUACCAGCAGUUUCAGCAGCACUGCAGGAGAAAGUGAAAAUAUGGAAGAAUACGAAAGCCUGGGCAGCCAGUCCUCAACUGCAUCGCCAUAUAAGCAAGAUGUAUUUGUUUACAGUCCUUCCCAAAGCAUCGAGAAUCCAAAUUUAGCAUCAGCUUCAACCCCUGUUAUCAUGAGCAGAAGCCCCACUGCAGAUAUAAAAAGCAGAAAUUCUCCAAGAUCAAAUCUAAAAUUUCGCUUUGAUAAACUUAGCCAUUCAAGCUCUGGUCCGACACAUUAGCUGAAGAAUGACCCCCUAAGGACCUGUAAAAGGACAUUUUUGUUGUGUUUGUUUCAUUUUAAACAGGGUGGUGAGGAGGAUGUUUGCUUUGAAUGACAGCAUCCUUCCUUCACACCAAGCUCCAUAGCCACCUAUGGAUUGUCCUCCAUCCGAGCCGAUCAUUCCAUAAAACCGCAAAAGAAGGGAUCUUUUCCUGUUCCUGUUCCUGUUCCAAUCAUCCAUGCUUUAUCCCUCUGGAGUAGAAGGAUGUCCCGCGGAGGAACCAAAUUUUGUACCACGUAGACCUGAACUGGCUUCUGUCUUUUUUCAUUUGGUAGAUCAACGGAUUGGUAACGUUUUGCAUAGCUGUUUAACUUGAGAUCAUUAGUGCUGCUUUUGGGGGUAAAUCUUUUGAUGUCAGAAAUAAUAAUAAUCAUCAUCAUCAUCAUCAUCAUCGAUAGGUAGACAAAAUGCCAAAUCCAGUCUGAACAUCUGGCUGACUGUGCGAUGAUGAUGAUGAUCAUCAUCAUCAAUAAUAAUAAUAAUAAUAUCAACAUCUGUCUAUCUCAGGUCCCUGGGAAGGACUCAUAUGUGGAUAAAAAUGCCAGAUUCCAGCCUGAACAUCUGGCUGAUGUGUGACAAACCAUAAUAAUAACCCCUCCAUGGAUACCCCCUUAUCAUAAUCAUCAUCAUCAUAAUACUUUACUGUUUUGUGGACUAAUUUCUUACCUAAUUAAAACCCCUGGAUUUAAGUGACCUUUUCUUUUUCUUAUGCUAUUACUGACAUAAGACUUUCCACACGAAGUUGGUGCUGAGUCAAGGAUGCUCUUCUGCCUUUUGAGCAUUCUGCUGCCAUGUAACGGAAAAGAAAUGACAUUGGGUUUUUUGCUUUUAAAGAAAGUGUCGAUGGAUAUCAGAAGGGUGGGGUGGAAGGGAUGUGCCCAUACCUUACUUUCAGGUAGCCAUAACAGUGCGUGUGAACAUUUGGUCUUUCUCUGUCUAGUUCUCACUGGCCUGCAGUCUCCCUGAAAGCUAGUUAAAUCCAGAGUGAAAAGGAAGGAGAUUUCUGUGCUUGAUGGUUUUCUUGCGCACAUUUCAUUACCCAGCUAGGUAACCUCAUCAGUGCUCGGAAGAAGUGGGAUUUGCUCUUAUUUUUAUAUAGAUGUGUCCUACCCUGUCAGUGUAGGGCCAGGACAAACCAGCACUAUACUAAAAUAAGAGCAAACCCCACUCCCUCCUAGUUUCUCCUAAGUGUUUUGGUGUAAUGAAAGAAAAGGUUUGGGAAACACUGUGUUAGAGGAAAGAGUUGGGGAAAAAAAAAAA